AUGGUGUCGUGCUUCGCUUGUUUCGGCGGAGGCAACAAGCGGCAGAGCCGGGAGGAAGAGGAGCGAUUGUCGUUGGAGGCUCGCGCAAAAGCCGCCGAAGCGGCCCAGAUAAGGCAAGAGGAAUUCGAAAAAUCAGCUGCUGGAAGGGCUGCAAGGGCACAGUUACAGGCAAUGGCAAAGCAAUCUGCAAACCAGAACAAAGGCGAACCGGCUCUCAAGUGGCAAAUGGGUUGA